AUUUCUCAAAGAUUUAUUUCUCCCUUUCCCUUCUCUAUUUAUAUAUCUUUCUCUCUAUGCCUUUGAUCUCUUCCUCUCUAUAUAUACUAGAUACAUGUAUCUGUUACUAUCAGAUUUAUUUUAUCUCUUUUUUCCUUAUCCUACUCUAUCCCCCUAUUUAUCACACUUUUUCUACUCUCUCUAUUUCUCUCACCCUUUCAUUUUCGCUCUCUCUCUCUCUCUUUAACCCUCUUUUUCCAUCUAUCUAACAUCUUGCCCUCUCUUUCUCUGUGAUCAUUCGAGUUUCUUCCUUUUUAAUCUCCUUUAAAAUUAAUCCUGUACAGCUUCCCUCCCCAAGACCAAUCGAUUACGUAAAUGAAGGAACUUACUCAUCAAAUUUUAAUAGUUGUACAAAUACUAAAUGCGUUAAUUUACUUCCUCUAGAUACUCCGGCUAUCAACAUUCCGAUUUCAUAACUGACUUCCACAAUUUUGAAACAUUUCUACUCCAGACAUUAUAGUCGUUAUAGUAGUUUAUCUCGUCCAUGCCCCACCACAAACAGUCAACUCCACAGUCUUCGAUUUUUAUCCGGUUACGAACUGUCAACUCAGUAAUAUUCCUUAAGAUGUUUCUAGAGAUAUAACAAAAUAAUAGAGCUCCAAAUUUUAUAAGUCUGAUAUAAUUAAUCAUGAGUCUGAAGUUUCUGUAGUCUUCGUUGCACUUUUACAUUCCGAUAUCCUUGGAUUUUCAUAUAUAAGGUUAAGCUUUCAGCAAGCAACUUUAAACUUAUUUGUUACUGAAAGAAUUUACUUAGAUAAGAAAAGGUCUUCAUGGUCGAGACAGAUGGUCCGAACCGCUCUACGAACCCUAACUUAUGGUCUUCGUAAUAAGAUCGCGAUAAGCGAAGCGAAAAUGUUUACAAAUCCAGUUCAGGAACUAACUGUUGACCCAACACUCUACUCUGUGUUCAGCUUAAACUAUUAAUUUGUCGUCUCUAAAGUGUAAAAAAUUGAUGUCAUACAAUUAUCGGUUUGUACUUUACACCAAAAAAAAAAAAACACAUCGCUCAUUAUCCGAAUUUUGUACUUGACUUAAAAUAAAUUUUCCUUCUUGUCAAAGAAUGAAGUGAAAAAAUUAGAAAAAAUAGAAAUAAAAAACAAAAUAUUUUUGGCGUGCAAUUUAAUAUAUAUAUUUUUUGGAUUUUGUCUUAAUAAAAUAUAUAAAAUUUAAUUUGCAUUUUUUGUUGUAAAUUUUUGUGGCGGUCUCCAAGUCAGACCAUGCAUACGCGAAAUUUUUAUGGCGUCGAUAUUGAAGAGGAUCUGGGCAUACCGUUGUCAUAUGAUGCGGCCUGGAAGAUCUUCAAUCGUUGGCCGCGUGAAGUGCGUGUACAACGCCAACGAUUGGGUCAACGUGCCACGCCGUCGAAGCACGCUUGGUGCUUUUGUCAGGAAAAGAAUUGUACAACGCGUUGUCCGUUCUUCGGCUUCUAUAAUAAGAAAGACGGACCAAUGGAGAAUAAGAUACAAAGUAUAAUGUCUCACACGCAAGGUACGGGACGUAGUCCACCGGAAUAUAAAGGAUUGCUACGUAGUCUCAAUAAAUGGUACAACAGCCGAUGUGCCGAGGGCUCGAGUCAAGUACUGGAUUUGUCGAAGUUGGAGCAAUUAACAGUAAAAUAUAAAUAUCCCGUGUUUGCAUUAAACAAGCAGAAUAGUUCGCGUCGAUUUCGUAGACACGACAGUAGAUCGGUUUUUUACCACGACACGAAGUGCAAUCCGUCCUCGAUGACGAGUAAGACUACGAAGCGUAACAGAGCUACCGAAGAGUACAGCUCUUCCGAAUUGUAUUACACAAUUGAGAACCAAUUACGCAAUCUCAGCGUGAGUCAGUCGCGUCUCAAACACAUGAGCGCAAGCCUCUGCCGUUUGGCCUACGCUAAAAAGCAUGCCUCGCGGACGGGGUUACGGCCGAAGAUCUACAAGCGUAAAGUUGUGCGUAGAUAUCGCAGUGACAUACCGAUUGUCAGCAAUAGCGAGAGCACUGGCAAUACCAACACGAGUAAAACAUCGAACUUUUGUUGCAAAAGUAGCAGGAAUAGUAAGUCCACGAAGAGCACCGAUGCCAGUAAAGGCAGUGGAACAACCGAAAGUAGCAAACCUAGCAAAGACAGGAAGAUAAGAAAACGUGGCAAAUCCAACAAGAGCAAAAAGCCGAGCAAAAGUAGCAAGCCGAGCAAAAGUAGUAAGCCAAGUAAGGGCAAGUUGAGUGAGAGUAGUAAGACUACCGGGAGCACUAAGUCGAGCAAAAGCAGAAAGCUUAGUAAGACGAGCAAAGUGAGUGAUACCAGUAAGACCAGCAAGACGAGCAAAACCACCGAGAGCAGCAAAACGAGCAAAACCAGCGACAGCAGCAAGACUAGCGAAAGCUACAAAUCCGUCACUGGCAGUAAAAUUACCGGCACCAGCAAGAGCAGUGAAAGUAGUCGGACUAAAGAUACUAGCAAGAGUGAUUACACCAGCAAAACUGGCGAAACUAGCAAGAGUGGCACGGCCAACUUGAGUACCGGCAUUAGCAAGCGCAGCAGAACCAGCAAAAGUAAGGCGCCGAGUAAGAAUAGCGUCAGCAGCAAGUCUACGAAUGUCACAACAGCCAAGGCGAUCAGCCAUCCUGUCGUGAGAAGCAUACGCUUCAACCUCGCCAAAAGCAAGCGAGGCGCCACGCGCUCCGCUGGCGAUGAAGAGCUCAAUUGCAAGCGCAAAGCCACCGGUAGCAUAAUGAAAGAACAAGCCAAAGUUGCCAAGCCGCAGAUACAGCGUCUCGGCGGUGGUAAUGAGUUGCUGAAUCGUAGCAAUCGUAGACCCACCAUGGCUUGGAACAGCGGUGCCGGCGCUCCGAGUCGUAAGUCAGCAGCUGAAGCUGCGUCGAAACCCAACAGCCAGUUCGCGGCCAAUCAGUUGGCGCCCAAGUGUUGUCUAAUUAGAAAACCUAAUAAACGCUCUAUCUUCAUUGAUGCCGGUGGUGCCGGUGAUGCCGUGGCUCAUAGAGCUGGACGCUGCAAGGUUACUAAAAAACCAUCGGUACGCAUCUCUAAGCCGAUAUUGUCCAUGUUUCGCAAGAAGUGUACCAGUUCCAAGCAAAGCCUGGCAAUGCGCGGUCAAAAGUCAAGGUGUUUCUUCAUUAAAGGCGGGCGCCGCAAGUAAUCGAAUCAAAAAUUUCUAACGUGUGUUUGUUCUCACAAAGUGCGUUCUCGAAAAUUUCUUACAUUAAUCAAAUUCGAUGUGGUUUUGUGAAUAGGUUUCUGAAAAUUAUUACACAAAAUCACAUCGUAGUUUGUUGUUGUAAAAGUAUAUGUAGCUUUAGUUAUAUUUAAAUUUCUUGUAAUGUUAUGUAUUAUGUUGUGGUCUCUAAAUUAUUGAUUUCAAAUAUAUUUGAAGAUUCGAAAGUUUUGGGUUUUAAUUGGAGUCUUCGCAUUUAUGAUACUAGUAUGUAUAGUAUGGUUUUGGUUAGGUUAAUCUGGUAGGCCAACAAGCCACGCAUAGACCAGUUUUGGUCCUUUGCAAUACCAGCUGGAGUUCAGUUACUAGGUCCAAGAGCAGUCGUUUUCCUUUAGAAAUUUUGCACUUGACGCGAAUUUACCGUGAGGUCCCCAGAUGCCCUGCUACAUUUCCUGCAAUUUGCCCCAAUUUUGUGUACUUCCGAUCUACCGUUGUGCACAUAACUUUUGCAGUUUUCCACCCAGGUACCUCAUUUCAUCGGGUUUUGAUUUUCUUUAUCAUGCUUCGUAUAGAAAAUGCAUGGGUUUCCCAAUGUUGAUCACGUUUUCGCAUGUCGUACACCAUUCCUGGCAGUCUCAUCCACUAGUAUGGAUUCAUCUCGAGUUUUAUUUAACUCCUAGCUUGAAUACCAAAGUCAAGGCUUGGAUACAUCCUUACAAAUACAAUCAUUUCUGCGAAACUAUCUGCGGCAUCAACUUCAGAUUUUCGGAUAAUAUUCUCUAUAUAUAGAAUAUUUAAUCUUCUGAACUAGGUAUGCGUGGUUUCUAUCAAAUUAUCGAAAAUUGUUGAUUACUUCUUUGAAAGUAUUGAAUUUUCUGAAUACUUCGUUUCAAUCAGAAUAUAUUGAGUUGGCCUCCAUUGGAUUACUAUCUCUUCGAGAAAACUGUUAGCUAGACUAAAUGGCUUUUUCCUCAUCCACAUUUAUUGGCUGUAAUUCUCAAAAAACGUGAAAUGCAUAAUUUUAAGAAGUUGACUGAAGACUCCUACAUGCUGUUAUCUCCGUAAACUUGUAAGGGUUGCCACUUAAUUUUAUCAAUAAUUAUUACAAUAAAAUUCCAAAAUAUAUUUUUAGAGCAGAUUAUGAACAAGUCGCUUUAACUAUACUGGUAUCAAAUUAAAAUACUGAUAUAAAAGUCAACAUAAUGUACCGUUAGGGUUGCCACCUGAAACAUACAUAUAUGCGAAUGAAAAUAUUUUUGAAUAAAUUAUGAUGAUCAUACCAUAAAUUAUGCACAUAGAAUAAGAUAAUUAGUGUAAUUAAGUUAAGACUGUCAUAGGGUUGCCAUAUAUUUAUAUGAAACGUAAUAGUUGCUAAAUUAAAAAUCUAUAUUUUCAGAUUUUGUGGUGAUUUAUAUAUAAAAGUAAGCAUUUUUUCAUAUGAUUGCCAGCUAAGAAAUACAUACUUAUAUGAACAAACAUUUGCAAUUUCCUUCUGAGCCUCUGGUUGCCAACUAUUUUUUAAUUAAUUAAGGAAUUUUAAGAAUGAAUUUAUAGAGAAAAAAAUAAAUAAAUAUCAGAACACACUUGAGAAAUUCCUACCCACACAGCAAACCAAUUUUUAAUAUUUUAGUAGGGUUGCCACAUAUAUUUUUUUCUUUAAUAAAAAAUUUCAUAAUCUGCUUGUAUAGUGGUCGUAACGUAAAGAAAAAUUUUU